GGAGCUAGUUGGCAGCUAACGUUCACCCAAAACCUAAAACCUGCCCUCUGAGCAGAGUAGGCUAAAGCAGUUUGGUCUGCUGCGCAUAGGAUCAGACUUCACUCAACACCAGGAAACUUUUUUUUUUCCUUUUCGCAGGAUCAUCCGGAAUCUCAACUGCCGACGGGCAGAAACGUAUUUUCCAAGCUGCGUUGAACACAUCUUUGCAGAGAAUGCCAGACUUGUCAAAGCACAAGUGAGCCUCUGGAUUUUAUAGAGCUGAAGGGAGAACGAAUGCAUUAGCGAACACUUUGGAAGGGGAGCAACACCCACCGCUGACAACUAUCUCUAUUUGAAGAAAACGUAGUACAUAUUUUAAAAAAUCCUCUAAUCCUUGCAUCAAAUGAAGUUUCAUGAACUGGUUGACCCCGGGCUUUUCCCUUAAAAAGGACAUAUUUCUUUCGACGCUUUACCUUCCUCUGAUUGACGGAUGAUCUAACUUUUCUUGUGUGCAAAAGUUUCAGCGGAGUUAACAGGUGCUCCGCUCUUGCAUCCUGCUCAGCUUCUAUGACGUGCCUGUCCUGAAUCGGACGGUUGAGUGUAAGAGGAUACAGAGCCAAGCAAUGCAUUUUCUCUUUUAUUUUUUAAUUUUUUGAUAAAUUUGAAGGGAGACUUUUGGAUGGGAUUAUGUGGACACUACUUUGUGUUUAUCCUCUACAAAUGUGUCCAAAACAGGAUCGGUACUUUCUUCCAGACGAAGUUUGUGGAUGGUGAAAUACACUUAGCAUCGACAGACCUCAAGUGCCUAGUGCGUGCUGAUCAACUAAAUCCAAAUGAUCCUGUCAUUUCUGCUCCUCCUUGUAUCUGCAGUCCAGCAUCAUGCGUCGAGCGCUGAAUCCAGCCUUAGUAACAAGUUUCAACACACCAAUGUGAAGGAACAAAACGGAGUGCAGGAUUCCCAGCAUGAGAAAGUUCUCACAGUGUCAGGAGCUGGAACUGUUCACAGCCCGGACUUUCCCCAUACCUACCCUCGCAACAAAGUUCUAGUCUGGAGACUCGUGGCUGCUCAAGGAAACAUGCGGAUACAAUUAACCUUUGAUGAAAGAUUUGGUCUCGAGGACCCAGAAGACGGGAUAUGCAAGUAUGACUUUGUAGAGAUCGAGGAGCCUACUGAAGGCACUAUACUGGGUCGUUGGUGUGGAUCUCAGCCUGUACCGGAAACCCAAGUGUCCAAAGGGAGCCAGAUCAGGAUACGCUUUAUAUCAGAUGAGUACUUUCCUUCAGAGCCAGGAUUCUGCAUUCGCUAUUCCCUGCUCCCAGUGAAAGUUCCGGAAUCGGAAAGCCCGGUGGUUCUGCCACCAUCUGUGCAGAGCGUGGACAUGUUAACCGAGGUGGUGUCUGGCUUCAACACCGUAGAGGAAGUUAUGAAAUACUUGGAACCCGACAGCUGGAAGCUGGAUAUGGAGGACUUGUACAAGCCGACAUGGCACGUGCUCGGAAAGUCUUACAUCCAUUCCAAGAAAUCCAGAGGAGUGGUGGAUCUAAAUCAGCUGAAAGAAGAGGUGAGGCUGUACAGCUGUACCCCACGCAACUUCUCCGUCUCCCUGCGCGAGGAGCUGAAGAGGACCGACUCCAUCUUCUGGCCCAACUGCCUCCUGGUGAAACGGUGCGGAGGGAACUGCGCCUGCUGUCACGGCUGCUUCUCCUGCCAGUGCGCCCCCACGAAAGUCACCAAGAAGUUCCACGAGGUUCUCCUGCUAAGAUACAGGGGCGGAGGCAGAGGGCUGCAGAAGUCUCUGACGGAUGUGCCCCUGGAACACCACGAAGAAUGCAGCUGUCUGUGCAAGGAUGAUUCGGACGGAUAAAAGGCGCAAGCCUCUCUUCAUAGGGCACUUAACCAGAGAGACACGAUAGCGACGGCUAGCUUUCCUCCAGUCACCUCCGCUGUAAAUUUAUGGAUAAUUGGAGAACAGCAUGUUGCACCAGCUGUCCAGCCAUCAUCAGGUUGAACUGGGACUCACGGACAAAUCCAGUCGCUGUGGAGUGCCUGGACUUUUUUAAAUUUUUUUUUAAAAGCUGUUUUUUUGUGCAUUCCAGAGAGAGGAGGCUGACAGCGUGCAUUGCAAAAGAACUGUUAAUUAUUUGCUCUUUUAUAAAUCGCUGAAAGGCUCUCCUCUUGUUUUUCAGUAGCUAGAAGUACAGGCUGGUACAAAUUCAGUGGCGAUGUCGUCCUACUGCCUCGGCGGCACUGAUGGUUCCAGAUCCCCCCCCCCGCCCCCCCCGUUGUUUUCGUUGUACUUUUUCCCUAAAACUAUUUUUACUUUUUUCGUUUUGUUUAAUCAGAACACGUGACACUGGAGUGUCUUUGAAAAGGAUGUUUUUUGUGGUCUCUAUUAUUUUUUUUAUUCGAGCAGAGCCUCCCCAUGGCCAAUCCUCUGUUGCUUCUUCACACCAUCACACAAUGGGGAGCCAACCGGCCUUUCAACCAGAGAUGCUCUGUGUCAGACGCAAAUUAAAUCACUGUAUUACUGUU